UAUUAUACUUUCAUAUUCUCUCUGUGGAGUUUAACGAGUUCCUCCUGUAUCGACUUCAGUCUCUUCAACAACCAAAACCCCUCAUCAUCCUCCACAGCACCUCCAUAUUAUACAUUUAUAUUUAUAACGUAAGUCAUGAACUGGUCUUUCCUGGAGAGCAUCCUGAGUGGCGUGAAUAAAUACUCCACUGUGAUUGGUCGGCUUUGGCUCUCCGUGCUCUUCAUCUUCCGCAUCAUGGUGUUCGUGGCCGCUGCAGAAAACGUCUGGAAAGACGAGUCGAAGGAUUUCGUGUGUAACACUCAGCAGCCCGGCUGCGAGAACGUCUGCUUCGACCGGUUCUUCCCCGUGUCUCAGGCGCGGCUGUGGGCUCUGCAGCUCAUCAUGGUGUCCACGCCGUCCCUGCUGGUGGCCCUGCACGUGGCGUAUCGCGAGCACCGCGAGAAAAAACACGGCCGCAAACUUUACGAAGAUAAAGGCAGUAUCGACGGUGGUCUGCUGUGCACGUACCUCCUCAGCCUGGUCCUGAAGACGACCUUCGAGGUGGGCACGCUGCUCAUCUUCUACUUCAUGUAUAGCGGAUUCGAGGUUCCUCGGAUGUACCGGUGCACGGAGAGCCCCUGUCCCAACACGGUGGACUGCUACAUCUCCAAAGCCACAGAGAAGAAGAUCUUCCUCUACAUCAUGGGCUGCACAUCUGCCCUGUGCGUGGUCCUGAACUUGGCAGAGAUGAUCUACAUCCUGUCCAAGCAGUGCUGGAAGAGUUUCAGUAAGAGAUACGUCCCGGUCCAACAGAAGAGAACGUGUGGAUGCUACGCCCACUCCACGUCCGCACUCACUCUCGGUUCGGCCGGACCCAAACACGUUCCGUCCGUGAGCAAAGAGGACAGGGUUCGGGUCCAGCCAUCGCAAGCUGUGAAGGAACUUCCCACCUGAUUCACACAGCACGUGGACUUCCUGUUCGCUUCUCUUCUCCUUAUUCUUCUUCUUCUUCUGAGAAACAGAAACUCUUUUCCAAAUCUACAACUAUACAGACAUUUUAAAAGACCACAGACUGUAAAGACAC